GUCCCAGAAGCAACGCUCCUGGUAACAACUUGUGACACGAUUCCUGCGUGACGCAACGUCUCCGGACCUGGAGAGGUUUCAUACCUUAAGCUUGGUGCUUAAGUUACAAGUAACAGAAGAAGGUUCUACGAGUUGCUUGUGGAAGAGCACCAGAGCGGGUGUCAGUAGUGCUUCAAGACAUGGUUAACCAAGCGGCUCAAUGCUUCAUUGUACGGAGAGUGUGGCUGGUGGUGGUGGUUGGGCUACUGGUACAGCAGACAACGGCAAGGUAUGUCUUCGAAGAAUGUCCUGGAGUGAUGGGCAACCGAGCCGUCCACGGCAAGGUGACCCGGGUUUGUGAGGAUUGCUACAACGUCUUCCGGGACACUGACGUCUUGGCCGGAUGCAGGAAAGGCUGCUUCUCUAGUGAGAUGUUCAAGCUUUGCCUCUUGGCUAUGGAGCGCGUCGAGGAGUUUCCAGACUUCAAGAGAUGGAUUGGUAUUCUUAACGCCGGACGCUAGUGAAGA